UUUACCCAUGCUCGGGUAGGAGCAGAAUACAGACAAGUUCAUCUCUGUGACGUGCUAUGCUAUGCUAUGCUAUGCUUUUUUUUAAGCAGUAAACUGUGUAACUAUGUUAAGUAUGUGUAUGUAUGUUUGUAUAUAUGAUCUUGGUCCUGGAAUCGAAUGUGAGCGCUAGGUGAACAUUUCGAUCAUCCUUUACUCCAUAAUCCCACGUGCAUAAGUUUUUUUGUACGAAUUUUAAUGCUACAAACACCGGCGCAUAGAACAAAAUGGUUUCCCUCAUCCCUCCCCAAGCACCAGAAAUUUGUAGCGGGUGUAGGGACACUGCGUAUAGACGCCCUUGUUCCCAUCAGUAAACUGUGUAACUAAGUUAACAUGAGAAAAUCAAUAAAAAAAAAUCCAACGUUUCGGAAACAAACUUAAAACACACAUAAUGUUUCAUUUGGGUUUUUCUGCUCAGUUCGUCAAUGGGCGUGAUUUCAUCAACUUACUAUAAAAGCUCACCUCAUUGAAAGGCACAGCUUUGAACAGCUGCAAGUGUUGUACGAAGUGGUACUGUUUACAUUUUAGUGAAAUGGUUUCGAACAGUACAUUUCUCACACUGGGAUACACUUAUGGAGUAUGGCGGCUAAUCAGCUCAAUACUGUUAAUAGUUAACGUGUUCUUGAUGCAGAGCAGUGGGCCAUUCAACAUUAUCUACAAGGUACAUCUUGCAUUAUCACUGAUGAUGACCCCAGUUGUAAUAUACGGAAUUUUUAUGCGUCGAAUAAUAUUCAUCGUGCUUCACUGGGUAUAUUUUACGAUUACGUCAGCGUUGCAAAUAAUUGCUUUAAUCACUGCCUGCGUGUUGACUGUUACAACGACCCGUGACAAAAUGUUCAACACUGAUCCAGAGCUGGCAGUCAUCGUAGAAACUUACUUCUACAUUGCUGGCAUCACUGCGUUGAUCGUUUAUUAUACCGGAGUCAGUUGGGUCCUCCAAGGAUUAGUCAAAACGAUCAGGCACGAAAAUAAAAUUACAAUCGAACGUCAUCCAAGUUCGUUACAUUCCGUUAUUGAUUGA